UCCUUCAAUUGGCCACCGCGCCUCUGAAAUUGUAGCCUAUUGCUAAAGAAUCGGUUUGAUUUCUCCUUGUGCAGAAUUGUCGUUGUUUGGUUAAGCGCAGAGGGUUUGAUUUCUUUCCUUCCUCAACCUUCAAAGGUUGUUUUCUUAAAUUACUCUGAUUUGUAAGCUUCUUCCUAAUAUAAUUCUGUUUAAGAAUCUGACUCCCCUUAUUUCAUGUCAGAUUACUUAAAUCGAGUAUGUAAAGGUGUAUUUUUGUUUGCAACGUAUUUUCUGGUAGGUAUUUAAUUUUAGCUUUUUAAAUAACUGAUCAGUAGUCAUUAUUCUCUCUGACUUGAGUAACGUGUUGUUUUGUCUUUAGCCCUGUGGAGGAGGACAGAGAUACAAAGCUAAUCUCAAAAGACGAGAAGGGUCGCGCUGCUGGCGGUUCUGGGAGAAACUUCUGGGUGAGUGGACUUGCUUCCACCACCAGAGCUACAGACUUAAAGAAUCUGUUUAGCAAAUAUGGGAAGGUAAGGCUGGUUUGUUUGUUUAUAUUCCCCUCAGCAUAAACUGUCUGUAAGACUUGGUGUGCUUCUGUUGCUGAAAAUGUCGGUGGGAUUGCAGAGGGAAGAAAAACCUGCGUGAGUUCAUGGCAAAUGGCUGCAGUUUUAUUUUAUCUCUUCCAAACAAAAACAAAAUUCCUUUUUCAGUCCUUAUAUAAACAGACAGCGACUGCUUACAUACCCCUCUGUGUCCUGUGGUGGUGCCUUUACUCAUUGGAACCCGCAGUAAGCAGUGAAUGCUGCUUAUUAAAUGUGUUCCUGGGACAAAGUAGGAUAAUGCAGUAUUUGAUAAUGUUGUUUAUGGGGUGUACGUGAGGAAUUGCCUCAGUACCUGAAGGUUUUCCUUUGUCUGAAGUGGAUAACUGCUUUAAAAUGCGCUCACUUGGGCACUGUUAUUUUCUACUGCAUUUGUUAUGAAUUCACCCCAUCUCAGCUGCAAAAUAGGAAGAACUGGUUGCACAGAACACUGCUGUCAGAGCUGAUGACAUUUCUUGCACGGAGCUGAUUCCUAAGGAUUUCUCUCAGGCCUCUGAAGCCCAUUUAAAGAUGUCUUUCUCAGCAGGUUGUAGUUAGAGAAGUCUCUGCUGGUAAUGCCUUACUGAAUGUUUAACUGAGAAAACAUUGCAGAGUGUGAGCUGUGACCUGCCAGUAAGCACUGCAAUGGGUUCAGUGUCACAGCAUCGGGUUUGACGGUCAGAAGAGUAACAGAAGCUUCUUUCCCCAUGUCAGUUAAAAAAACCAAUGCUGCCUUUCCAUUUAUUUGUUCAGAAUUCCAGCUGGUGAGCUGGAAUGCAUUGAUCAUAGAGAUACACAACGGGUUCAACAUGUAAGGAAAAAAUAAGCUCAUCUCACGUUUGCAGCUGCUUAGCUGCCACAACGCCGCGUGGUCAUGUAAAUCAAAUUACUCUCAUUUGCUACAAAGCACUGGUGGAGGUUGAAGCUCCCAAGCAGUCGGUGCCCAUCUGCUAAAUGAAUCAAGAGCUCAGAAGUACGUUCCGUGCUCAGCUCCGCUUUAAUGCGAUGCCUCUGUGCACACACUGGUGACAGCAGGUGCCAUUUAUAAAGCAAGUGUUCUAAGCAGGCUUUUUCAAGUUGUUUGUGGGGGAAACUCCUCUUUCCUAAGCAGAGCUACGGAUGUCACUCUGUCAUCUCUGUGCUGACAUGACGACAUCAUUAUGAGCGGCAGCAGCGUGCCCUGGCCUGCAGCAGGGAUGCUCUGAGUGCUCCUUGCUGGUAGGGCUGUGCCCUCAUUGCUGUGAGCGUAACGCGUGUUUUCUUUGGGAAAGGUGGUCGGUGCAAAGGUGGUCACCAAUGCCCGCAGCCCCGGCGCGCGCUGCUACGGCUUCGUCACCAUGUCUACAGCUGAGGAAGCCACAAAGUGCAUUACUCACCUGCACAAAACGGAGCUGCACGGGAAGAUCAUUUCUGUGGAAAAAGCAAAAAAUGAACCUGCUGGGAAGAAACCGACUGAAAAAAAGGAGAAUGAGUCGAAGAAAGAAACAGCCAGCGAGAGGCCUAGCAGUAGUAAAAGGGAUGAGAAAUGUGACCAGAAAGACGACUCCAAAAAGACUGAAGACAGAGAUGAAAAAGAAAGGAAAGAGAAGGAUGAACAGAAGUCUUCUUCAUCGGAUCAGCCUAAAUCUUCCAAGUCAGGGAGUAAAGGAACAGAGAGAACGGUGGUAAUGGAUAAAUCCAAAGGAGAGCCUGUUAUCAGUGUGAAAACAUCAACUACAUCAAAAGACAGAAGUGUUAAGAGCCAGGACCGCAAAUCGGAGAGCAGGGAGAGGCAAGGCAUCGUGCCCUUCGACAAGAUCAAGGCUCAGAGGAAGAUGAGGGAGGCCGAGCAGCGCCGCACCCGUGAGCGUCGGGAGAGGCAGCAGCACCUGCAGACCAUCCGAGAGCGCGAGGAAAGGGAGAGGCUGGAGAUCGCUCGGGAGAGACUGGAAAUUGAAAGGCAGCGGCUGGAGCGAGAGCGGAUGGAGAGAGAGAGACUGGAGAGAGAGAGGAUGCACAUAGAGCACGAAAGGAGGAGGGAACAGGACCGCAUCCAGCGGGAAAGGGAGGAGCUGCGGCGGCAGCACGAGCAGCUGCGCUACGAGCAGGAACGCCGCUCUGCCAUGAGAAGGCCGUAUGAUAUUGAUGGCAGGAGGGACGAUCCGUACUGGCCUGAAGCGAAGCGGAUGGCGAUGAACGAUCGCUACCAUUCUGACUUCGGCCGCCAGGACCGCUUCCACGACUUCGACCACAGGGAUCGCGGCCGGUACCAGGACCACUCACUGGACAGGAGAGAUGGAUCGAGGACAAUGAUGGGAGAUCGCGACGGACAACAUUACCCAGACGAGCGCCACGGGGGACCUGAGCGCCAUUCCCGGGACUCCAGGGAGAGCUGGGGCAGCUACGGCUCUGACAGGAGGAUGAGUGAGAGCAGAGGGAUCCCGCCGCCCUCACGAGAUGGCCGUGACUGGGGGGAGCACGGGAGGAAAUUUGAAGGGCACCAAGAGCGUUCGUGGCAGAGCAGCGUGGAUGGAGGGAUGAUGGGACGGGAUCACGAGAGAUGGCAAGGUGGAGGUAGAGGGAGACCUGGCCACGUGAUGCACCGUGGAGGCAUGUCAGGGCGAGGAGGGUUCAUGCAAGGCGGGAACCAAAGUCAGAUGAUGCACGGAGGAGGGAUGCAAGGAGAGGGAUUUGCUGGCCAGGAAAGAGCAAGCAGACCCAACGACCCCCGGUUCAACCGUCGCUACUGAAUGUUUUAAUUUUUAAUGCUACAUGGCAACUGAAAUUGAUUUGUCAUCCGGGGUUACCGUUCCUUGGAGCUCAUGGGUCACUGUAAGUGUAAUUUUUUUUAAGCUGCUGCCAUAUUACGUCACUCAAUACAAUGUGAACUCAUUCGUUUUGUAACGUGUUGUUCAUAUCUCAUUUAAAAAUGUUUGUUAAUGAAGCAUUCCAUUUUCCACAAAUAAAAAACAGUUUACAGUU